AACUUUACAAUUGUCACUUGUCAGAAGUCAGAUAUUAUUUUGAUUUUAUUUUGAAGUGAAAUUUUAUUUAUUUAUUUUGUAUUUUAAUAAAUAAAUAGAAGAAGAUAACAGAAAAUUACCCCAACAGUAAAAAAGAUUGAAUAUUUGGGUGUUGCUAAUACUUUAGCAUAACGCUAUGACUAACGCAACAAUCCAGGAAAUAGAAGGGAUAGAUGACUACUGGGGUCCAGCAUUCAGGUCCGUGUAUGAAGGAGAGGGAGGCCAUGAAGCAUUUGUUCAGCAGCUGGACGAGAGGAUCAAGCAGCAUGACAAGGAAAUUGAGAAACUGUGCAAUUUCUAUUAUCAAGGGUUCAUAGAUGCUAUCCAUGAGCUGCUGCAGGUGCGGACGCAUGCUGAGAAGCUGCACACAGAGAUAUCAAAUGUAGAUGCCAAUGUUAAAGAAACUGCCGAUAGUCUAUGCACCCGUGCCGAAGAGUUGAUUAGGGCUCGGCGAGUGGAGCUGAACAUUGCGGCCACAAUUGAGAAGAUGGAGCUGUGUCUGCCGCUGCUCACCACUUACUCCAAGCUGAAGGCACAGGUUGAGGCUAAAAGGUACUACCCCGCAUUAAAAACGCUAGAACAACUCGAACACCUCCAACUCCCUCGAGCAGGCGCGUACGCGUGGUGCGCGCGCAUCGCGGCCCACGUGCCGCAGUUGCGGAGCGCUGUUAAAGAUGCGUCUAUGGCGGACUUGAGGGAUUUCCUCGAAACUGUUAGACGGAUGAGUCCACAGGUUGGAGCGAUGGCUUUAAAACAAACACAAGAAAUGCUCGGAAGAAGCUUGGAGAAUAUCGUUAAAAACAAAAAGGAAAUGGCAUCACCGGGUUCAGUAAAUGCUGAGACUACAGCACAGUGCCCGCACGAGCUCGUGGAUUUCAGUCCGCUGUACCGAUGUAUGCACAUACACACUGUACUCGGCGCUAGCGCGGAGUUUGUGCAGUAUUAUAGGGCUCAACGCAAACAACAAGCUAGUCUGGUGGUAAUACCGCAAGGGAAUCUCCACGACUCCACCCAGGGCAUGAAGAACUACCUCAACGCUGUGCUCGGCUUCUUCAUACUGGAGGAGCAUCUUCUUAAAACUGGCGGCGGGCUGGUGAGCAAGGAGUGGGUGGUGGAGCUGUGGGGCGGCGCGGCGCGGGGCGCGGACGCGGCGCUGCGUGCGCUCACCGCGCUCAGCACAGACCCCACGCGCGUGCUCGCGCUCAAGCACGCGCUCGUGCGGGCCAUACACGCGCUCAAGUGCUACGGUCUACCGACGGACCCUCUGCCGCAACUCUUGCAAGAAAUGGCGGAACAUUACACAGAAGUGUUGAUGCAGCGGUGGGUGGUCGUGUUUAGGGACAUAUUGGACAACGCGUCGUUCUUGCCUAUUGAGGUGGAAUCACAAGAGCAAUAUGAUGGCGUCAUGGACACGUUCCCCUAUGACGGAGAUGAGCUGGAGACGCAGCCUUUCCCGAGAAGGUUCCCGUUCUCGUCGAUAGUGCCGGCGGUGUACGUGCAGGUGAAGGAGUUCAUCUACGCGUGGCUGAAGUACUCGUCGGGGUUAGGGCUGGGCGGCGCGCGGCGUGCAGCAGCAGCCCGGCACUCCGCCUCGCUGCUGCUCAGCCGCUCGUUCGCGGGCUGCCUGUCCGCGCUGUUCCGCCGCCCGCUGCCGCUGAUGCAGCUGCUGCAGAUAAUAGUAGACACACAGUAUUUAGAAAGUGCGACGCCUUACCUCUACGAGUUUAUCAGUAACAUCACUGGUUCUGACCUGGUCACCACACAGUCGGCAGGAAGCAUGUUCCAAGCGGCUCGGGACGAUGCCGAAAAACAGAUUUGUGAAAACUUGCAGAACAAGGUCGACGAGUUUUUGGAUUUGGAAAAUUACGACUGGCUGCUUGUGGAGCCACGUGGGCAGGCGUCGUCGUUCGUGACGGACAUGCUCAGCUACCUCACCGGCGUGCUCUGCUCGCUGGAACUGCUGCCCGAACGCGCUCGUGUGGCAGCAGUCCGCGCGGCGACUUCCCGCAUCGCGUUCCGGCUGCGCGCGCUACUGCUGGAGCCAGCAGUGCGGCAGGUGUCGGCGGGCGCGCUGCACCAGCUGGACCUGGACGUCAUCCAGUGCGAGCAGUUCGCGGCCAGCGAGCCCGUGCCCGGCCUCAGGGAGGGCGAGCUGCUCGAGCACUUCGCUAGCCUCAGACAACUGCUCGACCUCAUAACCGGGUGGGACUGGUCCUCCUACCUCCACGACAUCGGCAUGGAGGGGGGGAAGUAUGCCCUUGUCACCCCCCGGGAUGCAGCUACACUUCUGGAGAAGCUGAAGGAAGCAGAACAGAAGUCUUCUGUCUUCUCCGUGCUUAAGAAGAAUGAGAGGGAUAGAAGAAAGUUGUUGGACACGGUCUUGAAGCAACUGAAACAAUUGCAGAAUCAAGAUGGUUGAUGGCGAUUAUUUAUUUAAUUUAAUUAAUUUAAUUUAAGAUUUAAGAUAGGGAAGCGCUUGAUUUAUUGUUAAUUGUUAAGCA